AUGAAAUUCAAUUUCCUUCCAUCUCAAGGACAACAGGAUAGUGAGUUGGCCGCUUAUUGUCGCAAUAGACUAGAAAGUGGAUCGAAGAAGAAACUGUGGUUUGAUCAAAGAAGGUCUGAUGGCAUUGAUCGAAACAUGCGAGUUGUAGCGAUUGUGCGACUCGUAACACCACAGCAACAGUGGCCAAUGGACGUUGGUUGA